GACGGACGAGUCAUUGUGCAGAGAGAGUGUGUGUUGUUUAUGUGUGUUUUAUCAUUAUUUUUUUAAAGAUAAAUCGGGGAAAACAAAGCAUUUACUCCGUCACCAUAGGAUUGUGAAGUGUGUGUAUUUUUUCUUCAUUUGAAUAGAGCGAACAACAAAUGAACGCAAAACAGCAGCUCCAUUCCGUCAAGUAAAAGGAAGAAGAAGAAGAAGUGCAAAAACAUUGUCAGAGCUAUAGAUUUGCUACGCCAUCACCAUAAAAAAAGUGCACAGAAAAGAUCUGUUUGGAGCGAACAAAACGAAUUCCAAUUCGAGUGAUAGAAUUGCAUCGGAAAUCUUCAACACAACCAAGCUUUCACGAUGUCUGGCGGACCGUAUAAUUACAAUUACAUUUUUAAAUACAUCAUUAUCGGUGAUAUGGGCGUCGGCAAAUCGUGUCUGUUACACCAUUUCACGGAGAAAAAAUUUAUGGCCAACUGUCCACAUACAAUUGGAGUGGAAUUCGGAACACGUAUUAUAGAAGUGGCCGGGCAAAAAAUCAAGCUACAGAUAUGGGAUACGGCUGGGCAAGAGCGAUUUAGAGCCGUCACACGUAGUUACUACAGAGGCGCAGCCGGUGCAUUAAUGGUGUACGAUAUCACACGACGUUCAACGUACAAUCACUUGAGUAGCUGGUUGACGGACACGAAAAAUCUAACAAAUCCAAACACUGUGAUAUUUCUGAUCGGCAACAAGUCCGAUUUGAGCAGCACCCGUGAAGUAACCUACGAAGAGGCAAAAGAAUUUGCCGAUGAGCAUGGGUUAAUGUUUGCUGAAACAAGUGCAAUGACUGGAGCGCAUGUUGAGGAUGCAUUCUUGGAAACCGCCCGAAAGAUCUACCAGAAUAUUCAGGAUGGUCGUUUGGAUUUGAAUGCCUCUGAAUCCGGAGUACAACACAAACCGUCGCAACCGGGUCGAACCACUCUAUCGAAUGAUACAGCAGCGAAUAAGGACAACUGCUCGUGCUAGUUAUGUUUUUUGGCUAUACUAAUUUUCGUCUAAAUAUUCCCCCCACGAACCAACUUUUACUGAACAAUAACAACAACAAAAAACUCUUUAAACAACGCCGCUCUCUCAGUUUCGCUCGAAAUCUGAAUACUUUUAGUAGACAAGGUGUCUUUGCAAGGAGUGAAAGUUCGAACGAACACACGGUGAUCUUUAAAAUGUUUAAGUUGUUUCAUUUCGGCGGUGCUCGUUCGAAAAACUGAACACUUACUUUAAACUAAGUAGCAUAAAUUGUGAGAAAAGAAAUACCUAUCAAAUGUUAGCCUGGAUUUCACUUUCCGUUGAUCAUUUUUCUUUACGUUGGAAGAGAGAAAAAAAGCCAAUUUAUGCACCUUUUUUUUGCAUCACACGUAUUUUGAGGCCAUUAUUUCGAAAUCGUCACAAACAAGUUACAAUACACACUGUACAUUUAUCUCAAUAUUCGACAAAAACAUUGAAUGAAUAGAUUAGCAAAAUGGAUCAUAGUUUAAUACAAACUAAACAAAGGCAGACACUAUUUAUCUUUAAGCAUUAACUGAUUUUUCUUUUGUUUCUUCGUGUAUAUAAAUGAUAUUUGAAUAGAAGUGAAUGUAAGAGUAACAGAAAAAAUGAAAAUAUUUUAUUCAAAUUAUAUUUACCAUGAUUUUAUUUGUUCAAGAUUUGAGGAUGGUUUUUUCCGUUUUGGAAUUUUAGCGUGUUUUUAGGCAAGAAGUAUAUGAAAAAUUCGUGUAGCCAGAAUCCGAAACAAAGCCCAUAUUUAUCUCAUACAAACCUUAUAUUAAUUGUCAUGUUUAUUACCAACAUCACCGACUUAACCCAAAGCGAUAGGUCCCAAUUGGAGACUUCCAAAAUUGACAGCUUCGUCUUCAAUAAAAUAUCUGUUUUUUUUUCUGAAUUUAAAAAUAUCUCCCCUCCUCCUCCUUUUGAAUACGGAAUUAUGGCUACUGCAGCCAAACAAAAUGAGAUUUUUAGAACCAAAUCAAGCAAGAAAACAAGCCGAAAAAUCUGUCCAUUCACAUGAAUUUAUAUAUUAAUGUAGUGACAACUAUUGGUACAAGAAUAAUCGAACUAACGUGUUUGAAGCCAAAUACUAAUGAAUUAACACACAAAUCCAAAAGAAAAUAUGACAAUGUAAAGAGAGAUGGUUCUGCAAAAAAAAAAGAUUAACAAAAUACAAGAACAUUUCACAAUCAUAAUAAUGAAAAAAACGAUCAUCCAAAACAAAACCGACAAAUAUUAUCAACUAUUUUAUUGUCAUUGUGCAAAUAAUGUAGAAUAAAUUAUUGCAAAACUCAUAAACCGGCCGCAAUAGCUUUUUCCUAAAUGGGCAACAGAAGCAAUAGAAGUGAAAAGAAAUAAAAAUUCCAGUUCCAUUUAUAGUUUGCAUAGAUUUAAGUUUAUUUUUUGUUUCAUUUCUUCAAAGGUUUUUAAUUUUUCUCUGUUAUUUAUUUUUGUUUUACAAUUAAAUACAUUUAUUCAAAUGUUCAAAAUGUUGGUA